AGCAUAAAAACAAGUGAGUGGGCGUUCACAGAGUUUUGCUUGUUUCUUUCUUUGCUUUCUCUGCGGAAACUUGGUCCAAAAAAAAAAUGGUGCAGCAACUCUCCAAAUCUGGAGCGAAGGAGACUCCUUUGCUGAAAGCUGGACAUCCUCCAGCAGUGAAGGCCGGAGGUAAACGGGUGGCCAAGAAAGGCCUGGAAGAGAGUGCCACCCAUGGGACUCCAGAGAAGGAGACCAAGAGGUCUGAUAAGUUGAGCGGCAGGUCCCUCGCCACAGCCAACAGGAUGCAACAAGUUGGUAUUCUUCUGGCAGGAACUCUCGACAAGCUGAGCCACGACUUUCCAGAGACACCAGUGAGUGUGAGGCACAGCAAGGUGCGACCUGCAGUUGAGAAGCCCCACUUGCCCCGGACCUUCUUCAUCCAGCAACCGAGGAAGUUUUGAACUACAUGUGUUUAUUAGGAACGCCCCCCCCAGAGGAAACUGUUAAGUCAACUGUGAAAGGCAAACAUGAGGCGUUAGACGCAUGAGGGGACUGACAGGUUGUCUGUGAAGUGUUGAUGGGGAAGAGCUUUCAUUGAGCUUUGUAUUUAGAAGAGAAAAUGGAGCUUUUCCAGGCUGUGCUUAUUUGUGAGGAUACAAUAAACCAGCAUUUAACGUGCCUUUCCUAGUGUUAUAAGAAAAGCUGUAGUUAUAUUUACCAGCUGAUGAAAAACAGAUGGCAUUUGGGCAUGUUUAAUGUGACGGUUGGGGAUUGUAAAGUGGGUCUUAUUUUCCCAGUGAAAUUUUCUUUGUAUCGCUUGGCACUUAAUAGAUUGAAUUAAAAAAUAAAAAAUGCAUGGCAUCACUUGCU